UCAUUUUAUGGGUCAGCUGUAGACAGAUAGGGCACCUCUGCUGUCUUCAGAACAAUGUCCAGGCCCCUUUGCUGUUUUCUGCACUCCUGAAAGAUCUAGUCCCUAAUCUAGGCUCUGGCUUUUCCUCGGCCUUGGAGGAAGCGGAGGUCUGUUAGGGGACUGUUUGCUGUGACCAUAAAGUCCUGAACAUUUGCCUUGAACAUGAACACUCGAAGAGAAGAAUCUCAGGACCAGGCCAUCAUCAGAAUAGCAGCUCAUUUACCGGACCUCAUUGUCUAUGGAGAUUUCUCCCCAGAGCGGCCUUCUGUGGAUUAUUUUGAUGGAGUCUUGAUGUUUGUUGAUAUUUCAGGUUUUACAGCAAUGACGGAGAAGUUCAGCACAGCCAUGUACAUGGACCGAGGGGCUGAGCAGCUGGUGGAGAUCCUCAACCGCUACAUAAGUGCCAUAGUGGAGAAAGUGUUGAUUUUUGGAGGAGACAUCAUAAAAUUUGCAGGUGACGCACUGCUGGCCCUGUGGAAGGUGGAGCGAAAGCACCUGAAAGACAUCAUCACGGUGGUGAUUAAAUGCAGCCUGGAGAUCCACGGGUUGUUUGAGACGCAGGAGUCUGAAGAAGGCCUGGACGUCCGGGUCAAGAUAGGACUGUCUGCCGGCCACAUCACCAUGUUGGUCUUUGGGGAUGACACACGCAACUACUUUCUGGUGAUGGGUCAGGCAGUGGAUGACGUGCGCCUCGCACAGAACAUGGCGCAGAUGAACGAUGUCAUUCUGUCACCAAACUGCUGGCAGCUGUGUGACCGGAGCAUGAUUGAAAUUGAGAAGAUCCCAGAUCGGAGAGCAGUGAAGGUUAAUUUCUUAAAACCACCCCCUACUUUUAACUUUGAUGAGUUUUUCACAAAGUGUAUGACUUUCAUGGAUUAUUAUCCUUCUGGUGACCACAAAAAGCUCCUGAGGCUUGCGUGCACGCUGGAGUCGGAUCCUGAACUAGAGUUGUCCCUACAAAAGUAUGUGAUGGAGAGCAUAUUGAAGCAGAUUGAUGACAAACAGCUUCCGGGUUAUUUGUCUGAGCUUCGCCCGGUGACAAUUAUGUUUGUGAACCUGUUGUUUAAGGACCGAGAAAAAGCAGAAGUCAUAGGCUUGGCCAUUCAGGAUGCCUGUGUGCACAUCAAUUCUGUCCUGAGGGUCUCCCGAGGCCAAAUCAAUAAAGUCUUCAUGUUUGACAAGGGCUGCUCCUUUCUGUGUGUCUUUGGUUUCCCGGGGGAAAAGGCACCUGAGGAAGUCACCCGUGCCUUGGAAAGUGCUAUGGACAUAUUCAACUUCUGCUCUGAGGUCCACAAGAUCCAUACCGUGUCCAUCGGCGUGACCAGCGGGAUCGUCUUCUGUGGAAUUGUCGGACACUCUGUGAGACAUGAGUACACAGUAAUCGGUCAAAAAGUCAACAUAGCUGCCAGGAUGAUGAUGUACUACCCAGGGAUCGUGACCUGUGACUCUGUCACCUACAAUGGCAGCAACCUACCAGCCUACUUUUUCAAAGAGCUUCCAAAGAAAGUCAUGAAAGGUGUUGCAGAUUCUGGACCAGUCUAUCAGUGUUUGGGCCUUAAAGAGAAAAUCUUGUUUGAUAUGGCAUACCUCAAGUGCAACAGAAAUCAGAAUUACCUUUUGCUGGGACGUGAUAAGGAGAUCGAAUACUUCAUGUGUACUAUGAAGGAAUUUUUGAAGUGCAACUGCAGCCGAGUCCUAAUGUAUGAGGGAUUAUCGGGAUAUGGAAAAAGCCAGAUACUUAAGGAAAUUGAGUACCUGGCCCAAGGUGAGAAUCACAGGACUAUUGCUAUUGCAUUGACUAAGAUCAACUUCCAGCAAAAUUUUUACACCAUCCAGAUACUGAUGUCCAGUGUACUAGGUCUGGAUACUUGUAAACAUUAUAAAGAACAACAGACCAACCUUCAGAAUAAAGUCAAGACACUGUUGGAUGAAAAGUUCCACUGUCUUCUUAAUGACUUUUUCUGUGUCCAGUUCCCUAUUUCACAAGAGGUUUCCAAGAUGAGCACCUUGAGAAAGCAAAAGCUGUUGGAAUCAUUGUUUCUGAAGAUCUUGGAGCAGACAGUGAAAGAGGAAAGGAUUAUUUUCAUCAUCGAUGAGGGCCAGUUUAUCGAUAUGGCCUCCUGGGCUUUUAUGGAGAAGCUUGUCCAGACUCUUCCUAUCUUCAUCAUCAUGUCCCUGUCUCCCUUCAUUGGCUUACCCUGUGCAGCGGCCAGUGCCGUAAUGAAGAACAGGAAUACCACCUACGUCACCCUCGGAGCCAUGCAGCCUAAGGACAUCCGGAACAAGGUCUGCCUAGACCUCGGUGUCAGGGGCAUCUCCGAAGAACUGGAAUCGUACCUGGUGGAGGGGAGCUGCGGGAUGCCAUUCUACUGUGAAGAAUUGCUAAAAAACCUCGAUCAGCACGGGGUGCUCGUUUUCCAACCAGCGGAAUCUGAGGAAAGGACAAAUGUGACCUGGAAUAACCUGUUCAAGAAUUUUGCUAAGCCAAUGGAGGAAUUAAAAAUGUUUACUCUCAGUACUGAGGAGGGAAGUGAAGAAGUCUGUAACCUCGCUAGUGGUGUCAGAUUGAAAAACCUGUCACCACCAGCAUCAUUAAAAGAAAUCUCUCUGGUUCAACUGGAUAGCAUGAGCCCUUCCCACCAGAUGUUGGUGAGAUGUGCUGCCAUUAUUGGCCUGACCUUCACUACAGAGUUGUUGUUUGAGAUUCUCCCUUGUUGGAACAUGAAGAUGAUGAUCAAGGCUCUGGCAACUCUAGUGGAAUCCAACAUCUUUGAUUGUUUCCGGAAUGGCAAGGAGCUCCGAAUGGCUCUAAAACAGAACGCGGCCUCGUUUGUGGUGAAUUACCGCUCCCUGUCUCUGAAGCCCAGUGAAGGAAUGGCUCACGGUGAGGAGGAAGAGCUUCGUGAACUGGAAAGCGAGGUGAUCGAGUGCCACAUCAUUCGAUUCUGCAGGCCCAUGAUGCAGAAAACAGCCUAUGAGCUGUGGCUGAAGGACCAGAAGAAAGCCAUGCACUUGAAAUGUGCCUGCUUUUUAGAAGAAAAUGCUCACAGAUGUGACCACUGCCAAGGUGGUGACUUCAUUCCCUAUCACCACUUCGCCGUGGACAUUCGGCUCAACACUUUGGACUUGGAUACCAUUAGGAAGAUGGCGAAGACCCAUGGACAUCAAAGCCUCAGUGACUAUGGCUAA